UUUUUUGGCCUGCAUUUCUCCGAGCCCCAAGGCUGAAAAUAAAGCCUUCUAGAGACGUUUUGGCACUGUUCUGGGCACACAGAGGCUAUCAUGGAAGAGUCUGCAGCUCCCUUCAAGGCCUACAGGCGUCCUGGGGCCCAGGCAGGUGUUCAGGGAGUAAGAGAAGGUCCUUCUGGGCCUAACCUACCCCUGGGUGAAAUCUCUGGGAAUUUGUUGUCGCAAGACACAUCUUCCCUAUGUUCUGGUGUGUUUAAUGUGUCUUCUGGCCCUCCGUAUGAGGCUCCAGGCCUUCUCCAACUCGGCCCGGAAGGCCUGAGGCCUACUGGUUCCCCAGGGGGCGGGGCCAGCCUCGUCAACCGGCCUGCCGGAAGCAGCAGCAGCAGCUGGACAAAGGAAGUCAUCUGCAGGUAUUAUGUACAUGGGAUGUGCAAGGAGGGGGAGAACUGUCGCUACUCUCAUGAUCUAGAUGAUGGCCAGAUGGCCAGUGAGGCCUGCGGCCUUCCCGAGGCCUUUGCAGACGUCGGCCAUCUUGCGGCUGCGCAGAUGGAACCCCCGACUCAGGAAGUGGCGGAAGUCCCCUCUGCUGCAUCCGCUGGCUCCUUGCCUGUGAUUGGCUCAGCUACUGAAAGUGGUUUCUUUGAAGCUGGUACAGACAAUGCAGGCCGUGGGGCUGCCGGAGGAGCAGCUGCAAGAGGAGCAGCUGCAGAAAGCUGGGUGGAUGCCAUUGAGUUUGUUCCAGGGCAGCCGUACCGAGGCCGUAUGAUCCUGCCUAUCCCCGAGGCACCAGUGCACUGGGUGCCUAAGAGGGAGCAGAUGGCUGUGGGCAUAAGGAGGCAGAUUUGCCGCUAUUUUGCCCGGGGAUAUUGCUAUUAUGGGGAUAGCUGUAGAUACUCCCACGGAGAAGCAUGUGACGUGUGUGGUCAGCAGUUUCCAUACCCAGUGAAUGCUGCCCAGUGGGGAGACCACAUGAGGGCCUGCAUGGCAACACAUGUGAAAGAUAUGGGAUGCUUGCUUACAGCCCAGCCAGGUAUGGACAAGGUAUGUGGCAUCUGUAUGGAGGUUGUCUAUGAGAAAUCCCGCUUUAGCGACCGCCGCUUUGGGAUUCUUAUCAACUGCAACCACACCUUCUGUCUUAGCUGUAUCCGCAGAUGGAGAAGAGACCCAAGUUAUGAGAGCAGGACUGUCAAGUCCUGCCCACAUUGCAGGGUCACCUCCAACUUUGUCAUUCCCAGUUUUUACUGGGUGGAGGAGGAGGAAGAGAAACAGAGACUUAUUCAACGGUACAAAGAGGGAAUGAGCAAAAUUCCCUGCUUGUAUUUUGCUGGAGGCUGGGGUUACUGCCCGUUUGGAGAGUAUUGUUUUUACAAGCAUCAAUACCAUGAUGGCCAGGGAGAUGACCCUCCUGGGCCAAGUGGUGGGUCGUUCAGCGCAUACUGGCUUCAACGUUCAGAGCCUGUGCAAGUGCCAGAGGGCAGAAUGUUCUUUGAAAGCAGGAACAAGGAGCUUGUCGCACUUCGGCUGGCCAGUCUGUUGUUUAAGCAAUUGUUUCCACUGAGUGAUGAGGCCUCCUCUGAGGACGAGUGCGCCUCACUUCAUUAUGCACUGGAAGAAUAUUUCAAUUUGUAUCUGUAGUGUCAUGCUGUGGCAUGUGGUCUAGUCUGCUGAAGUUCUGUCACCUGAUGUUGCCUGUUUUCCCUAUAUUGAAACACCUAUUGCUUUUAGAGCCUGCUGAGGACAUUUUAAUGCAAUGUUUCUGUUUCCUUGUCUCUUCCUGAAAUAUUUCCUUCUAGGAUUAUAGUGUUUCAUUGUGUUAAAAAAUGAGUCCUCAAAGUUAUUAUUUUGGUGGAAUUAAUAUUACUGUCAGUGAAUGGCUUAUUUUGUCUUUACUGUUUUCAGCAAGAUUAACUCAGUGCUCGUCUGGUGUUUACAGAAUUUCCACACUCAUUUUGAAGUUACUCAAGUGUAAAUGUGACAGGGUGAAAAGUGUUAAUUGAACUAGGAGCUUUGCGCUACAAUAGCCUUAACAAAUGGAUCCACAUAGGGACUUGCAGCUGCUCAUGUGUUUGUUUACAAUCUGUUCUUUCCCUGAUUCUCCUUCAAGUGCACUUGUUAACUUGUGAUAACCUUGUGAUUUUGCAUUUUACUUGACCAAAACCAAGUGUAUAUGUUUACAUGUUUUUAUCCUGUUUAGCUUGACGUGAAAUUAUUUAUUAUUUACAUUUGGAAGUCUAUAUUUAAUAAUGGUAUAUACAUAAUAUAUGUGCAUAUGUGUGUAUAAAAGUUAUGUGUUUGAAAACAUAUAUAAAAGAAUAUACACCCCAUAAUAUAAUAUUUAUGUCUAUGUAAUAAAAUAAAGGCUGAAGGUCAA